ACAAGCAAAGCAAGAACAACAAAGUAAAAGAUAGAAGCGAAGAAUAUUCAUCCAGUGAAUUUCAAAGCAAAAGUUUAAAGAUAAAGAGUAAUUUACCAGAGUUGAAAAGUGAAUAAUUUAUUUAAAUUGAGAAAAGUUGAAAGUAAAAAAAAUCAAUUAAAAAUGCCUGCUAUUGGAAUUGAUUUGGGAACAACUUAUUCGUGCGUUGGAGUAUUUCAACACGGAAAAGUGGAAAUUAUUGCAAACGAUCAAGGCAACCGAACAACACCAAGCUAUGUCGCAUUCACCGAUACGGAACGUUUGAUUGGCGAUGCGGCCAAAAAUCAAGUCGCAAUGAAUCCGAAAAAUACCAUCUUCGAUGCAAAACGAUUGAUUGGCCGCAAAUACGACGACGCUAAAAUUCAAGACGAUCUCAAACAUUGGCCAUUCACCGUAGUAAGUGAGAAUGGAAAACCAAAACUCGUGGCCGAAUUUAAAGGAGAGCGUAAACGAUUCGCACCAGAAGAAAUUAGUUCGAUGGUUCUGGUAAAAAUGAAGGAAACGGCCGAAGCAUAUUUGGGCGAGACUAUCACGGACGCUGUCAUAACCGUUCCGGCAUAUUUCAACAAUGCACAGCGUGAAGCAACAAAGGAUGCCGGUGUGAUUGCCGGUUUGAACGUGCUCCGUAUCAUCAACGAACCAACGGCGGCUGCAUUAGCCUAUGGAUUGGAUAAGAAUUUGAAGAGUGAAAAGAACGUACUUAUUUUCGAUUUGGGCGGCGGUACAUUUGAUGUGUCAGUUCUAACGAUCGACGACGGUUCAUUAUUCGAAGUGCGUUCAACAGCCGGCGAUACACAUUUGGGUGGAGAGGACUUUGACAAUCGAUUGGUAACUCAUUUCGCCGAUGAAUUUAAACGCAAAUACAAAAAGGAUCUUACAACAAAUCCACGUGCAUUGCGACGUUUACGAACAGCUGCCGAACGAGCCAAACGAACACUAUCGGCAAGUACUGAGGCCACCAUCGAAAUCGAUGCUUUAUUCGAAGGUGUUGAUUACUAUACGAAAAUAUCUCGAGCCCGUUUCGAGGAACUGUGCGCCGAUUUAUUCCGAGCUACACUUCAACCCGUGGAGAAAGCACUGGCCGAUGCCAAAUUGGAUAAAUCGAAAAUCGAUGAAAUUGUUUUGGUCGGUGGAUCGACUCGUAUUCCAAAGGUUCAAUCAUUAUUGCAGAACUUCUUCAACGGCAAACAAUUGAAUCUCUCCAUCAACCCCGAUGAAGCCGUCGCUUAUGGAGCAGCAGUUCAAGCAGCCAUUCUCACCGGCAGCAAAGACAGUAAGAUUCAAGACGUGCUAUUGGUCGAUGUGACACCACUUUCACUUGGUAUCGAGACAGCUGGCGGUGUGAUGACCAAACUCAUCGAACGAAAUGCUCGUAUUCCAUGCAAACAAACACAAACAUUCACCACUUACGCUGACAAUCAGCCAGGCGUUUCAGUUCAGGUGUUUGAAGGUGAGCGAGCAAUGACGAAAGACAACAACGUAUUGGGUAGCUUUGAAUUGACCGGCAUACCACCAGCACCACGUGGCGUUCCAAAAGUUGAGGUGACAUUCGAUUUGGAUGCAAAUGGUAUUCUUAAUGUAACAGCAAAGGAAAUGAGCACCGGAAAAUCAAAGAAUAUCACCAUUAAAAAUAACAAAGGUCGCCUAUCACAAUCAGAAAUCGAUCGAAUGUUGGCCGAAGCCGAACGAUAUCGCGAAGAAGAUGAGAAACAACGUGAAAAGAUCACCGCCAGAAAUAGUCUUGAAGGCUAUGUGUUCAGUGUGAAACAAGCAAUCGAGCAAGCCGGCGAUAAAUUAAGCGAAGAAGAAAAAACAAAAGCACGCAAUUGCUGCGAGGAAACAAUCAAAUGGCUUGAUACCAAUGGAUUGGCCGAAAAGGACGAAUUUGAACACAAAAUGCAAGAAAUCAGCAAAAUUUGUUCACCAAUCAUGACGAAAAUUCAUACUGGCGGAGCAAGUAGCUGUGGUCAACAGGCCGGCAACAACAACUAUCAAUCCCGGAAUGGUCCGACUGUUGAAGAAGUCGAUUAAAAAGUCAAGUAAUAACAAGUAUAUGAUUUCAAUUUGAAUGAUUUGUGAAAAUAUUUUAAUUCGUCUCUUAUAAGAGAUUAGAUAAGACUAGCGAUUAAGAAUUAAAUUGUUAAUAGGCUAAGAAUGUUAAUUAAAAACAUU